AUCUUAAUUUUAACUUAUUAAGUUUGCAAUCUUAAAAAUGCUGUGCUAAAUUAAAUUUGGAAAUCAAGAAAUUGAUUUGAAUCGAAUUAUAGAAGUCCAUGUUUUUGGUGGAAGUAUUAAAGAUAAAAAUUUGAAGGCAAUCAAACGUUUGUUUCCCCAACGGAUAAGAUAUUUCUCCCCGCGUCGCCGUGACAAUGGCGACGGCGCUAUCUUCCAUAUUGCCGCUAACGGCGCAUAGCUCCCUCUCUGCAUCCACUUUCAACAACCCUCCAUCGUCCCUAUGGCUAACAACGCAAUUUCUUCGCCCCUUCGCCCCUUCUCUUCGAACGACAUCACCAUUUUCACCCAAUUCACCGCCGAGCUCCGUUAAUGUCCCGUCGGCGGCGGCGGUGGAAGGUGGACAGCAAAGCGGUGACAUUUCGAUGAGCAUUGACGUCCUUAAGCGCUUCAUUGACCUCAACUCCGGCAGUUGGAAGGGUUCUCUCCAUCAAUUCGAUUGUAAUGGGAAUUUGCUAUAUAAGAUUAGUACAAAGCUUGCUGCGAGCUCUUACGGAGAAAAUGAACUCAUGAGUUUGAUCCAGUCGUUAUACAUCAGGCAGCCUCCAUUGAGCCCUGAAGACGAGCCAGAGUGGUUUGAAUACAAGAUUAAAGAGACCAACAUGUUUACGGUGGACAAAUAUCAGCAGUUUGCAGAUUGGGUUCUUUCCUAAAGAGAAGGCAUUUGCAUUGAGAUACCAAACAGCUGGAAUGUUGGAAACAGCUUUGAGAAAAGGGGUUCUAGGUGAAGAUGAUAUUGGAGAAGAAUUUCCCAGGUGUGUUCUGCGAUAUAGAUAAGCAGUUUUGGUUGAAUAGGUUAACAAUUCCUAAAAUUGGAAGUUGAGAAAAAACCUUUGAUUUAUUGUUUUGAUUGUUCAUCGUUAUUAUGGAAACACAGCCGUACUUAAU